CUUAACGAUAAAAAGGCGGCGUUGAUUGAUCCGACGUCCGCCCUCGCUUCGAAGCUCAGCUCAGCUCAGUGGCCACCGAAAUGGCGCUCUGCAACAUCGUCGUCAACAAACCAUCCCUCUUCCACUGCAGUCCCUCGUCACUGCCUCCGAUCAAAGCUCCAUCGUCAUCGCUCUCUUCAUUCGCCGUCUCCUGUUCCAAAUCUUCUUCUCCACAGCCGCAGAGCAUCGACGACGGCGACAAGCCCGGCGAAGUGAAGCCUACGAGACUGUCGGAGCAAUCGUCCUGGGAAGCCAAGGACGCGGAGGGCAGGGAUUACCUGUACCGGCUAGGCCAGGAGGCCGACAACGUGAACAUCGCCGUUGGUGCUAGGGCUGGUGUCAUCGACGACCUCUUCGCCGGCGAUUUUCUCGGCACGGACUCCGACAUUGUGUUCGAUUACCGGCAGAAGGUCACAAGGUCAUUUGAGUAUCUUCAAGGAGAUUAUUAUAUCGCUCCUCUAUUCAUGGAUAAAGUUGUGUGUCACAUUGUCAAGAACUACAUUGCGCAUCUUCUCAAUGUAAAAGUUCCCCUGAUCCUUGGUAUUUGGGGAGGAAAAGGUCAAGGAAAAUCAUUCCAGACAGAACUUAUAUUUCAGGCGAUGGGACUUGAGCCCAUUAUCAUGUCUGCUGGGGAACUAGAAUCAGAGAGAGCUGGAGAACCGGGAAGAUUGAUACGUGAACGCUACAGAGCAGCUUCUCUAGUGGUUCAGAACCAAGGUAAAAUGAGCUGUUUAAUGAUCAAUGACAUUGAUGCCGGCCUUGGUAGAUUUGGAAAUACUCAAAUGACUGUGAAUAAUCAGAUUGUAGUUGGCACACUCAUGAAUUUGUCGGACAAUCCAACAAGAGUAAGCAUUGGGCAAGAUUGGCGAGAAUCAGAUGUCACAAAGAGAAUCCCUGUUAUUGUUACUGGGAAUGACUUUUCAACAAUAUAUGCUCCUUUGAUUCGUGAUGGAAGGAUGGAAAAGUUUUACUGGCAGCCGACGCAUGAAGAUAUCGUAAAUAUUGUUCAAAGAAUGUAUGAGAAAGACGGCAUCUCAAGGAAGGAGGUUGUACACGUCGUGGAUACCUUUCCUAAUCAAGCCUUGGACUUCUAUGGAGCUCUUAGGUCCCGGACUUAUGACAGGUCGAUCUUGAAGUGGGUUGAAGAUAAUGGUGGAAUUGAAGAUCUUGGAAAGAAACUCCUAAAACGAAGAAAAGAUGAGAAGCUUCCAGUGUUUACACCACCAAAGCAAACACUGGAGGCAUUACUUGAGUCUGGGUAUUCUCUUCUCAAAGAGCAGCAGCUGAUAAUGGAGACCAAACUUUCUAGGGAGUAUAUGAAGAACAUAGAUGAUUAGCACAUAAGCAGCAAUGGCAAUUUCCGUGCAUCUUAUUCAUAUUUAGCCAUUGAGAAAGUUCCUGUCCUUACAAGUAUUCUUGCAUUUGUCAAUAAAGUUCAUUUAUAUUGCUCAUAA